AUGCCACAGCAAGAUCUGUUGGAGGUCAGCGAUCCGAAGGCUUUGCAAUAUAUAUUCCACACGUCGGGAUACCGUUUUCCAAAGUCAAGGGACGCCAUACGAAUAGCAGACGCCUUGUUCGGACAGGGACUCGUUACAGUGGGAGGAAAUGUCCAUCAACGCCAACGAAAGAUCUUGAACGGCUCAUUUUCCGCUUCUAAGCUCCGGCAAUUUCUUCUUAUUUUCAAAUCCUCGGCUUCCCUGCUCACCGAGAAAUUGAACGACCAAAUCAAGGGUGGUCCCGGCGUGUUGAACGCAGUAGAAUGGACAAGCAAAGUUGCCCUUGAUAUAAUUGGAAUGACUUCCUUCCGAUAUCGUUUCGAAGCUUUGAGCGGCGGACAGACGGAACUGAGGGAUGCUCUGGAAAACGGUUCUCCUACCGUAGCGCUUUCAUAUCUUUCGGAUGAAGAUAAGAAGAAAAUGAGUAAUGAUGAAAUAGAAUCACAGUUGGCUACAUUCAUAUUGGCUGGUCAUGACACCACAGCGAAUGCAAUUGCCUGGCUUCUGUAUGAGCUCGCUCGCCACCCUGACGACCAACAGCGGAUCCGAGGCGAGAUAAGACAAGUACAGCUGAGCGAAGGGGCGCUGACAUCUAAUGAUUAUGACUCCAUGCCAUUCCUCAACGCUGCAAUCAAGGAAACACUUCGAAGACAUCCAUUCGUUCAUACCCUUUACCGAAUGGCGGACCAGGAUGAUAUUCUUCCACUAUCGGAGCCGGUUACAACCACUGAUGGAAGAGUGGCUACCGAGAUUCUAUCUCGAAAGGCCAACCUGCCAACCGUCUGGGGUGACGACGCCGACAGAUGGAAUCCCGGUCGAUUCUUGGGUUCCGCGGAAAAGGGCCAAUUGUCUCUCGGCGUAUACUCAAAUUUGAUGACGUUCAGCGCAGGCGUCCGUGCAUGCCUUGGUUGGAGAUUCGCGAUUAUGGAAAUUCAAACGGUCACAGUCGAACUUCUCGGUAACUUUGAAUUCAAGCUUCCUGAUGGAGUCGAGCUACUGGACGCACCAGGCACCCUGAGCUGUCUUCCAAUUGUUAAGGGAAAACUGGCCGAUGGUACUCAGGUUCCAUUGCAGAUUGCUCCUCUGGAGACCUAA